ACUCAAAACAGGCAGAACAUUGAUUAUCAGAGAGCAAUCAGACAGCAUGGAUCAGUCCAAAGUUCAUUGCUGUGAAAUACCAACAGGCUAGACUGAGAGACACGGCAGAGAUUUGAGACGAGGGGAACGGGAGAACAAGACAAGAACAUUGAGGAUUAUAUGUGUCGGUGACCGAGGAGAAAACAGAAGGUGCCUAACAAGACAGGUUCAUCAUCAGGUAGACAUCUGUGGGAGCCCACGUCAGUGCUGACUCUGAAGAGAUGGACAUCCUUGAGACACAUGCCUAUGACAGGCGGCAGAGGAGAAAUAUGUCCUGUGCCCUGUUUUUGUCUCUCCUGCCUUUCUUUCUGGCUGCAGCUCUGUACUUCUACAUGGGGGCUCACGACUGGCCCGCGUCCAUCACGUCCGCGGGUGUCAAAUCAGCACCAACUCUCCUGCUGGCUGCAGUAGUGCUGAGCUGGAAUGGAGGUCAGAGUAUCCUGGGUGUUGUGGGAGGACUUAUCUUCUCUGCUGUCGGUGACUGCUGCUUAGUAUGGCCUGAGCUUUUUCUGCACGGAAUGGGUGCAUUUGCUGUGGCUCAUCUGUUGUACUCACUCACCUUCCUCUCCAGUCGUUACGCAACAUAUACCUCUUCUUCCUGGACCCGCCUUCUGUAUCUGAUCCUGUUCAUGUUUGGAGGGGGUUUCUACACCUACCUAUUUCCAUUCCUGAAAAAGGCUCCAGACUCACAUUUACUAAUUCCAGGUGUAGGAAUCUACAUUGUCUUAAUCAUUGUAAUGGGGAUGUUAGCUAUCAGAACCCGCCACAUAUCAACACUGUUGGGAAGUUUGUCCUUUAUGGUGUCUGACCUGUCACUGGCUCUGCAAGUUUUCAAGGUGACAGCACCAACAGUGCAUGGUAACACUUUUGUAAUGGUGAUGUAUUAUUUGGCGCAGCUACUAAUCGCUGUGGGUGAUGUAAAAGCAGUGGAGAACAAGGAUGACUUUGCAAAAUGGAAGAGGACCUAGACAGCAUCUCUGUGGCAUCCCUAAAGUCUGCACGACCUUCCUCACAUUUAUUAGUUAUUUGAAAAAAUCCAAAUACUACCAUUUCAUACUUCCCUUAGGUCUUGGGAUUAUUUUUGAAAGACUCCACCAAAUAAAGGAAAAGAGAAGAUAAACACAAGGACAGCUUUCCUACCGGCCCACGCUUCACAUCUACUUCUGUCAAAGAUGGAGAAAAAAAAGAGUGUCUUACAACACAAGAUACCUUAUUAUUAUGUUUCCUAUUUGCAUUUCAUAGUUCAAUGAUCAUACUGAGAGUCAUAACGUUUUAAAACACCACAGAUGUGGCAACAAACAAGGCUGAGAGAAGCUCAGUGAGUAUCAGUUUAGAAUAACAUCUGUAUUCUGUUAUUUGUGCCAAAAUACUUUAAUGGUAUGGUGAUUGUCUUCCACUUCUGAGCUGGCCAUUAUAUGUAUAUAAGUAUUCCUGUUUGUUUUGUUCAUAAUAAAUAAAUAAGGUGUAAAAAAAAAAUAAA